AUGGCUGGUGUCCAGCACAGCCCAGCAUCCCUUGGCAUGGCCCCGGGGGUCGUGGCUAAUCAGUCAGAGUGGAGUCCUUUCCCCGCUGGUCCUAGCAGAGCCGCGGCCGUGAGGGAGGGAUGUCAUGGGGAUUCCCCGCCCCGGGCAAGCGCUGGCCCAGCUGGUGCCUCUGGGGAUGGCGCUGAGAGCAACACUUUUCAUUUCACGUCAUGGGAGGGGUGGGUGCGGGGGAGGACCAGUUCCUGGUUGUCCCCGGUCGGGAGCCCGGUGAGAGCUCCCAGGAUGGAGGAGGAGGUCACCUACGCCGAUCUCCAGAUCCCCCCGCCAGCCGCGACUGCAGCCCUGCAGCACCUCUUCCAGCUGUCCUGGCGUGGGGCUGCCCUCGGCCUGUCCGGUCUGUGCACGCUGUUCCUGCUCUGCCAAGUCCUGCUCAUCAGCCUCAGCCUGCACCUUGUAGGGAAGAUGGGGAGCUACGGUGAACACACCCGGAGCACAGAGGAUGGCCCGGCCGGUGGGCAGGCCCCGGGGAAGCUCCUGGCAGGGCAAUGCCAGUUCUGCCCGGCCGGCUGGCUCUGGGAGGCUGGGAGCUGCUUUUACCUUUCUACAACCAAAAGGACCUGGGAGGGGAGCAGAGAGGACUGCACUGGCCGAGAUGCCCAGCUAGCUGCAGUCCGGCCCGGUGUCAUACUGGCUAACCUGCAACAGGUGGCUAACACCAGUGUCUUCUAUAUCGGGCUGAAAGAAGACAAUCCACAUUCAGGCUGGAAGUUUCUGGAUGGCUCCAUGCUGGACAGGCAGUGGGUGAAGCGCAAGAGCAGCUCAUACCCUGUCUGUGGCAAGCUGUCAGGCUCUGGGCUGUCGGGUGGCCAGUGCUGGGAGUCCCAACGUUGGAUCUGCGAGCAAAGUGCGGCCGUGCUGCAGUGGGGCCCUGGCAUCGUGCCCCCCACCCUCCACCGGGGCAGCACGACCUAUGUGUGUGCCGGUCCCCUGUGAGAGCCUGGCUGCAGCCCCGUGCAGGGCACUGGUUCCCCUUUGCACACAUCCCAGCCAUGGAGCCCCCCAGGACUCUGCUCUGCCCCAGCAACCCCUACCCCCACCCUCUGGCCUUUAUAUGCCAGUCCCUGCCGCCCAAGCCCCCAUGCCCUACCUGGGGGUCCUGCUCCCUUGCUGCCUGCAAACUGCAGCCCCCUGUGUGCUGAACCCCCAUGCCUGCUGCCCAACACACAUCCCCCUGCCUGGCCGAGCUGCAGGUCCUGGGGACAGACCAGCAACGGGGACAGUGCCCAACCCGGCCGGUGUGCAUGUGCUGCUUGGCCAGCGCUGCUGUGACUGGUGGCUGGGGAAGACACCCAGGAGCUGGGGUGAGGGGCAGCAGCAUCUGCAGGGUUGUG